AAACCUGAGCUCCCGCUGCCGGGUGACACGUGUGGUGCAGCAGAGUAAAGGCUCCCAGGGUUCCAGCCGCAGUGAGAAGCAUCAUGACACAGGUUCUCCUUCCAGGAACUGCCACGCUCCCCGUGACACUGGAACAGAUUGGAUUUCCUGAAGACAAGGCUUUGUCAUCAUCUUUUUGCUAUGUAUUCUUCACCAGACAACCUGAAUGCAAUUUUUGAGCAUCAGUUCAUUCAGUAUCAUGCUGUGCCAAGACUGUUAUCCUCAGGGAUGGAAAAACCGAAGAGAAAGGAGAUGAGGUUUCAACCCAUCCCUCAAAGUGACUCGCCCAUAGCAGGUAAAGCCACGUUUCCCUCCAUCAUCUCUGUGUGCAGCUGCAUGAUGGCACAAGGAAAGGCGGCUGGACAUCUCAUCUCAGCAGCUGCACACAUCUGGGUCUGUCAGAGCCCUCUGCACACUCCAGCCUUUGUGUAACAGCAGAAUGCAGCCAGCCCUGCAUGGUGCUGGGAGGGAAACGGAAAGGAUUUGGCCUCAUGAAGUGAAAGCAGCUCGAAAAGCAGAACUGGGGCACGCACUGUUAUAUUUGCACGCCGAUUGGCGGAGGAGUUCAGGCUCUCACCUGAACCUUCGCUGCGUGGUGUAUGCUGCUGGGAUACCUGUAAGAGCUCGCCCAGGAAUGGUGGAUCACCUGGUGCCUACUGAUGAGUCCUUUUCAUCUACAAGGACUUCUCUGGGAUACUUUAGGGACAUGACAGCAGGGGUGAGGUCCUACCAAAUGUUGCCCUCUCCUCUGUCAGAAGAUGACAGCGACUCGUCCAGCUUUUGUUCUUGUUCCAGCCCGGAAUCCCAGGUACUCAGCUCCAGCUAUGGAAGCACAUCCAGUGCGGAGAGUCAGGACAGCAUCUUAGACUACUUGCUGUCCCAGGCAUCCUUGGGGAACACCGCUGCAUCAUGGUGGGACAAAAGGAGACUUCAGCCCAUAGUGAAAGAGGAGUAUUUUAGGUUGCCUGAAUUCGCUGUGGAUAUGGAAGACUCUGGACCAUUUCAGCCCACGCUUGAGGAAAUCGAGGAAUUUCUGGAAGAAAACAUGGAGCUGGAGCUCAAAGAAAGACCUAAAAGUGAGACCAAGGACUUGAGAGCUUGCAGCCAAGUUUCUGUUGCUUCACUACAGCAAAAAGACCAUGUGUUACCCAGUGCUACUUUAAAAGAGAGUAAAAAUGAACAGUUGAACAGCUCAACAGAAGGUGGCCAAGCUUCAAAUGGAGGAGCAUCCCUGGAGAAUGGCAUACCAGUUAUGCUCCAAAUUCAGCCUGUACAGAUCAAACAGGAGUCCAGCACAAGCCCUAAUUCCCAAGGACCAGCACAGGAGAACAUUAAAAUUGCACAGCUCCUAGUCAACAUCCAAGGACAGACAUUUGCCCUUGUGCCCCAGAUAGUUCAGUCAUCCAAUUUGAACUUGCCCUCUAAAUUUGUUCGCAUUGCUCCCGUCCCCAUCGCCGCCAAGCCAAUUGGGCCAGGAGGCAUGAUCCAGGGUCAGACGGGAAUCAUCAUGGGUCAGAAAUUUCAAAAGAACCCUGCAGCAGAACUCAUUAAAAUGCACAAAUGUUCUUUCCCUGGUUGUACCAAGAUGUACACGAAAAGCAGCCAUUUGAAAGCCCACCUGAGGAGGCAUACAGGAGAAAAGCCUUUUGCUUGCACGUGGCCAGGUUGUGGAUGGAGGUUCUCCAGGUCGGAUGAGCUGUCUCGGCACCGGCGCUCCCACUCGGGGGUGAAACCCUAUCAGUGUCCCGUCUGCGAGAAGAAAUUUGCUCGAAGCGACCACUUGUCCAAACACGUCAAGGUGCAUCGGUUCCCGCGAAGCAGCCGCUCCGUGCGCUCCGUCAACUGACUGCUCCCACCUCCCCUCCCGCAGCAGCCGAUGACAGCACUUUGCUCACUACGUUUCUAGUGAUAAUUUAUUUGUCUUCACAGAACAGUCAAUGCUGUUACUUGAUACCACCGUGUCUGAAUAUCCCGUGUCCUUUAAAGAUGAUUUGAGAAUGAAGUUAUUCUGGGGUCAGGAGGGGGAUGUUUCUUCUUUUAUUUUAUUUUUUUCCUUUUAUUUUUUCAAGGAUGCUUUUUUCCCCCCCCCUUUCUAUCUUUCCCUCCUUUGCUGCCGCUUCUUUUGGAAAUUACAGUGUUUUAUUUUUAGCUAUUUUCUGCUGCACAGGAAAAUGUAAGAGUUGCUUGCUGCUAGUUAAUUAUAGCCCUGGCAUUCCUGAGGGCUUUGCUCAUGUACAGGCCAUUCAUUGUGAGUUUUUAUUAAGCUGCUCUAUUUGUCCAGUUUGGAAACAGCAAAUUCCUUUUGAAAUGAAAACAACUCCUUUGUUUUUGGGUCGCCUGAGCCAAGGAUUUGUAGGGGCCGGCCAUAGGAGGAGGAACAGUGGGAGUUGGGGAGAGGGGGAGGCGAGGCAUGCGGGUGCUGGAACGUGCCUCCACACCACUCUCAUUUAUCCAGCUCACAUUUACCUUUUCCUUGGUCAGGGUUAUAUAUAAAUAUUUAUGUAUAUAUAUUCAUACAUACAUAUAUAUAUAUAUAUAUUUAAGCUAUGAUGUACCCCAAACAAACCCAAAGCUCAGGCUGGAUGGAAUGGCUUGGUGCAGAGGCCUUUCUGUGUGACUCAGUGCAUCCCAUGCGCAUGCUUUUCCUGUCCUGUGCUACCACUGAGGGUGAAAGGAUGCCCAUGAGUUGAAGGAAACUCUGCUUUGCUUUGCCUUGAAGCAUCCACCGCCUUUAGCAGAAGAGCUGUUGUCUAAUAUGUAAGGCAACAGGAGGCUGCUUGCAAAUGACUGUGCUCUGCACCUGGCAGGCACUGAGCACUCACUGCCCACUCAGCUUGAUGCCUCGCUGGCUGGGGCUGAGGCUCCAUAUCUCCAUCUGUCCGGGUGUCCCAGUAUUCAACACUGGGUGCCAGCCUGGUGAGACAGCACCAGGAGAUCUUCUGUCCCAGGGUGAGCUUCAGUGCUGAACUUUUCCUUACCAACAGCCAUGUCAGAGCUCCAUGCAGCUGGGGUGGGCGAAUGGGUGAGAACAACCAAAAUAAAUCAAUUUAUGUGGUAGCUGUCUAAGAAGGGAAUUUAAGCAAAUGAUCAGAUUGUAGCAGGCAAGUGAUUGUGUUUCUUCUUGUUUUGUUUUUCCUUUUGAACUCUGGUGAUUGUAAGGAGCUGUAGAAGAAAAUAGAAUUCAGUAAUUAGGAGCGAUUUUAUAAUGGAUGUUGCAUUUCCUUUCCAUUUGCAGACGGCAUCUGUUUGUCUUUUUGUUGGCAAAAUGGGAAAUAGAAAGCUGUGUUCCUAGCGCCAGGCAGAGCAGCAGCCCGCGCUACGCAGGAACAGCAGGUCUAGCAAAGGCGAAUGCAUUCCUUUUGUCCUCUAGAAAUUAAUAUAAAUGAACUAUCAUCUAUUGACUGGUUUAUAUCACAUCCUAUGAAUGUAUGUAAAUAAAACUGUACAUAGACGCAUAUCUAUAUAAAAUAUCUUUUAAUAACAUAUCAAAAUUUGUGUAAAUUGGAAACAAAAAUACCUAUAAAGCCAGUGUACAUAAGUUACAAUUCUGUAUAUUUUCUUUUGUUCUUCAUAAAAAAAAAUACUUUGACAAUAAAAUGAAAAUGGAAAUUUUAAA